CAGCAUAAACCACAGAAGAAAACAACCAGGAAACACUUGAGAAGUUGACUCAGGCUCCCAGCAUCAAACACAUGUGAUUUAACAUCCUAACAACCCCCUCAGUGUGGAAUUCAUCUCUGCUUUAAGGAUGGAGAAGGUGAUCAGCUGUUUUAAGAGAAACCCAGAAGCUGUUGCCCGGCUGAUCUGCUUCCCCUGGGCAGGAGGAGGCUCUUUGCAUUACGCCCGCUGGGGAAACGUCCUCAGCUCUGUGGAAGUGUUCGCAGUCAAACUUCCAGGCAGAGAGACACGAGCCAAGGAGCCGUUCUUUCUGAACAUGCAGCAGGUCGUAGACGAGGUUAUCGAUGUGCUGUUACCGCUGCUGAAGGAGAAACCGUUUGCUCUCUUUGGCCACAGUUUCGGUGCCUACACAAGUUUCGCUGUGGCAGAUGCUCUGAAGAAGCUUCACAACCUCCAACCGGCUCACAUCUUCCUGUCUGGUGUCUCUGCACCUUAUUCAGAGAUUCGAAUCAAAGCCCCAAAGAGAAGCGAUUUAUCAGACGAAGACUUUCUCAAGUGGCUGAUUUCCAUCGGAGGAACGCCUCCUGAACUUCUGGCCAAUCCCGAGGUCAUGAAGUUGUUCCUUCCUGCCCUGAAGGCCGACCUGCACGUGGUGGAGAACUACAGGCAUAACAAACCAGACGAUCCAUUCCUGACCUGCCCUGUUACGUGUUUUGACGGAAAGGACGACGUGCCUCAUGAUUUACAAGCCUGGAAAGAAAUCACAUCAGGAGAUUUCACCAUUAGGAUGCUCGACGGGUCUCACUUCUACCUGAAGGAGGCUGGAAAUGAAAAACACAUAUUAGAAUACAUCACAAAUCAUCUGGAAACAAUACAAAUGGACUAUUUCUGAUUAUAUAUGUACUUCACAGUGUCCAAUAUAUUAUGUUUUUAUAUUAAUUCAAUGUGAUGGAAUUUAAAUUUGUACAUUUCCGCAAUGUAACAUUUUGUGUUUAACCCCUACUUGUGAUAAAUGUAAUUGAAUAAAUUUAUUCAAACUC